AUGAAAGGGCAUUAUGGUACAGUCGAUAAGCCAUCUUGGGAAUCAUAUUGGUUUCUGGAACUGACACAGCUGCCAGCUACUCCGAAGUACCCAAUCGUUCUUGCGCAUGGGCUGCUCGGGUUCGCAGAACUCCAGGUGGCUGGGGGGUGGCUUCCAGCCAUACACUACUGGAGGGGUAUCACCGACGCUUUGAAAGCCAAUGGGAUUGAAGUCAUCACAGCAACAGUCCCCCCAUCCGGAAGUAUCGAGCAGAGGGCCGAGAAGCUCGCACAUGGUAUCGCUAAAGUCGCGCAAGACAAAAGCGUAAAUAUCAUCGCCCAUUCUAUGGGUGGACUAGAUGCUCGAUACAUGAUAUCUCAUCUUCAGCCUAAGAAUGCGAAUGUGCGCUCGCUAGUUACUGUCGCAUCCCCUCAUCGGGGAAGUGCUUUUGCGGAUUAUCUAUUCGAAGAGAUUGGCCAGGAACGACUUCCGAGUAUCUAUAAGUUCGUCGAAGGUGUAGGUAUGGAUACCGGAGCUUUCGAGCAGCUAACUCGAGCAUAUAUGACGGAGAAGUUCAAUCCGCGAACACCGGAUGAUCCAACCGUCCGUUAUUUCUCAUAUGGAGCAAUGAUGGAGCAGCCUCCUCUAUUCUCCCCCUUUCGCCAUUCGCAUAAGAUUAUUACGGAUCAUGAGGGACCUAAUGAUGGUCUCGUUAGCGUAGCAAGCUCGAAAUGGGGCACAUAUAAAGGAACGUUGGUUGGUAUUAGCCAUCUAGACUUGAUCAAUUGGACGAACCGCGUAAGAUGGACAUUGCGGAAGUGGAUGGGUCAAGGGCCAACCUUCAACGCGAUCGCAUUUUAUCUAGAUAUUGUUGAUAUGCUAGCGAAAGAGGAUUUGUAA